AUGUUAAAUUAUUCAUAUGGUGGUGGAGGACCUGGCCAAUUUGGUGGUGGUGGAGCUACUGAUAUCAGACUUCUUCCAGGAGAAUACGAUAACUUUACAUCAUUGAAAAGUCGAAUUAUCGUUGCAGCUGGUGCUGGGGCUACUGAUUCAAACGAUCUAGGAGGUCCCGGAGGAACUAUUGAAGGAUUUAAUAGCCAUGGGAAUUACGGAAAAGGUGGAACCCAAAUAUCUGGAGGACAAGGUGAUAGUAGCGGCAAAUUUGGAAAAGGAGGUGGAAAUCCUAAUCGGAUUGAUGCUUCAGGAAAUGCUGGAGGAGGCUCAGGAUAUUUUGGAGGAGGCACAUCUACUAUUGCUAAUGAUUAUGGCGGUGGUGGGGGUAGUAGUUUCAUCAGUGGUUAUCCAGGGUGUAUCGCCAUAGCCGAAGAUUCAACAGAAAAUUCAAUAAAAUUUCGAACUGGUGAUUUCGCAUCAAUUCAUUAUUCAGGCCUUAAAUUUGAAGAACCAUUAAUGAUCAAUGGCAAAUCUGAGAUGCCUUCACCAAAUGGAACUAUAGAAAUUGGGCAUUUUGGAAAUGGUUUUAUCAUGAUUAAAAAAUUUUAUUCAAAUACUUUUUCUUGUUUUCAUAAUAUUUACAGAUUUUCACUCUUUUCAUUAAUUCUAGGAUUUUCAACUGAUUCAUAA